CCACAGUCGAAGAAGGUGAACUAGAUGCACCAUUAGAGACGUUUCUCGUUUAAAAUAUUUUUGUUGGAAUGGGCGCAGUGUGUUUCUGGUGAUGAAACUAGGGGUACAACUAGCAGAGGCAGCCACCUGGAAGUAUGGAGAGCUGCACUCACGUCUUCCAAAUAUCUGGGAUCAAAAUUCGUGACAAGAAGAGAGUUUUGGUUCAUGGCAUCCAUCAGUUGGGUGGAAAAUACAUUGGGGGCUCAAUCUUCAGGAAGGCUUGCACCCAUCUGGUAGUCCCUCAAGUUUUAUCCAGUGAGAAGUUUUUGGCUUCUUGUGCUGCAGGAAAGUGGAUUGUUACUCCAAACUAUGUUCUGGACAGCGUUAAGAAUGGUUCCUGGCUCCCAGAGGAACCCUAUGAGGUGUCCAUUUCCACAGGCACAGUGUCUGCCUUCUACCCUGUCAGACAGUGGCGGGAGAAGGUGAUGAGCGGGGGAAUAACAGGGGCCUUCCAGGGCUGGAGGGUCCUUCUCUUGGUCCGAGAUGCCACCCGCUCGGCUGUAUUCAAACGGCUCUUGAAAGCAGGCUGUGCCAGUGUAUACAACUACCCUCCUCCUCCUCAUGCUUCCAUUACUCAUGUAAUGGCCAAGCCCAUUACAAAAGACACAAAAUCCCAUAAUGCUCCUUACCUUCCUGUCAGCCACAUAGUCCAGCACCUCUUUGGGAUCAAUUAUUUUAACAUGCAUUUCAACAUAACAGACGAUGAUGAUGAUGAAGUCAAUGAGGUCAGUGUUGUGAACAUUGACUUCUCUGAACUAGAAGCAGAGCUCAGGGAGUACGCCAUCAAACAAGAGAGGCGGCCAAGACUGUUCUUCUUUGAAUUUCUGGAUUACCAUGACCCGUAUCGUCCUCAGGCACAGACCAGUGAAACAGACUUCAGCAGCGUUGGCAGUAUGAUAGAGUGUGGCCUCUUCAUUGAAGCUUUGGACACAAUCCGAAAUGCAGUUUUCCCAGGGUUUCUGCCACCAGCGCCAUACCUGGUCUCUCUCAUCGAAUACGCACAGCAGGGCAGUGCUACAACUGUCUUCCUGAGGUGUUUCCAGCAAAUAAUGCACAGGUUGCUUGUUACCAACCCUCCUUGGCUUGCUCCCAACAUCAUGAAAAAGUACUUCGGCCAGGUGUUGCAGUGUCCUCGCUGCAAGACAGGGCAGUGGCCUUUUCUAGAGACAGCCAUCAGUUACUGCCUGUCAAGUGAAGCCACUUGUCACCCACUCCCUGGGCCGAACCUGCCAACACUCUUGCACUUCCACAGUGACCUACUGGCAUUUUUUCUCAAACUCUUCCAAGGGGAACUUCACUCCAUCACCACUGGCGAUUUCCAGCAGCUUUCAGGAACUGCAGCUUCUCGGGUAUCAACAUCAGGUACAUUGCUGUUUGGAACCUUCUGGACUGUGUGGGAGCACUCCACCCUGUUGUCUUGCGCUGUGAAAAGGCUCAUCCAGCUCAUGAUGAAGGCAGUCUCAGGGGAUCAUGUUGAGAGGGACGCGAAGAAGCACAAACGGCAUCUGGCGGACAUCCUGCUGGACCUCCUGUCUGUGUUGGUGGAGUUUUGGUGUCAGCAGCACAUCAAACUGAACCAGAACCUUGUGGAAAAGGGCCUGAAAUACCUUGCGGAUCACUUUGCAAUCACUUGCCAAAAUCUGUCUUUAGUGGCCAUAGCAGAGUUGGUUGCCAAAGUUUCAUCCACCAGACUUAGACUUGCGUUGGUGGAUGCAAUAUUCAGGAAUAUCUGUUGCAAAAAUGGAAUUACGGUGGGGGAUGAACCUCUGUCUCUGAAGAAAGUGAUGCUGUCUUACUUGCCUGCGCUGGGACAUUUAGCUCAAAGCCGCAGUUGGACACAGUGCACCUCCAACAGCUGCAUACGCACAGACACCAACUGUGGAACUCUGAGCCCAGUGGAGAAUGAAUCGGAGAAAGAAUGCAUCCCAAGAGGUCUGAACAGAGUUAAUGCAGCAGGAGAGACCCUCCUCCACAGAGCCUGCAAGAGAAACCAAGUGGAGACAGUGCUUCAGAUCCUGGCGCUCCCUGGCACCGACGUCAACGUUAAUGACCACGCUGGAUGGACCCCUCUGCAUGAAGCAUGCAACCAUGGCAGUGCCGCAUGUGUGGAAGCUUUGCUACGUCACCAGCCCGCCCCCCUCAUCAAUUAUGUAGUGGGCGGAGUCAGCCCUCUGCACGACGCUGUACUCAACGGACAUCUGGACAUCGCCAAAAUGCUUCUGGAGACUGCAGAGUUUUGGCUUGAGGGGGCACCGCCGACCCGGUUACGGUAACUGUUGUUUUGUUGUUUAAAAAAAACAAAACAAAACUUUUUAUCUAUUUGCCAUUGAGACACACACACUGUACCCCGAUAGGAAACAGGCUACUGGGCCAUUUUCUCUUUUUUCUAUAUCCUAGUGCCUGCUAGACCUCUGAUUUUUUAUUUUUUUUUCACUGGAGCAUCACUCACGCUGUCGUCCCUGUUGUUUGCAGCAGACAAGCUAAGCCAAACUGGCAAGGCUUGUGUUAGGCCAGAGAGGGCAACACUGACACUGGCACACCAACAAAGGCUUUAUUUAGGAGUGAUCUCACCCCUUUGUAAGCCUGUCUGCUCAGAGGCCUUGGCCUGUGUGUUUGUGCAUGUGUGUGUCUGUGUGUGUGUGUGUGUGUGUGUGAAACAGAGAGGUGGUGUGUCUCCCACUCCUCCCCCCUACAACUGAGUCCCUACAGGCUUUAUGAAGCUGGCAAAGAAAGAAUGCCAUGGCUGAGGGCAAGGCUAACUCUCACACUCACACCCCUCCCUCGUCUUCCCAUUGCCCAGGGCCACCCCAUAUGACCCGUGUGUGCGUAUCGAUGGCAUGGAAGUAUAGCCACACAUGUUUAUACAUUAGGUCUUUUUACCUCUCUCAACAUUUUCAAGACCGAACAUUAACAAGACUGAAUAAACUAACAUUAUGCUAACAUGUUAAUAAUAAAUAAAAAUAAUUUAUCACAAUAAUAUUUCCUUUUAAAAUGUCAACUUUCACUCUGUAAUGUUGUGGAAUUGCUGUUUGCGCCAUACUUUUCAACUGCAUUAAAGAGCGGCAUUUUUUUUUGUGAUGACUUUCUGUGUGCGCACACCAUUUUGUGCUUUUCCGUUUGUAUUCUCUUUGUCAAAUGUCACACUGAGUGUUGACUGUCGGGACGAAGGCUCUGCAUCUCGAUGUGUAAGAGUUUUUUUCACAGAUGGGAAAACUGGGUUGGGAGGAUAAGUUUGAAGUGGGCCAGUUCGUUUUAUUGCCUUUUACAUUGCUACCACUUUUGCAUAAAUUCAACACAUGGCAAUAUAUGGAGGCUGGCAAAACGAUCGUGUUCAUUUUCAUUUGUCAUGUGAUUACUAGGGACGCUUCGAUCAGGUGUUUAUGCUACCGAUACCGAUCAUUCAUGAGUGAAAUUGGUCAAUACCAAUACCACUACCGAUCACACAGAUUAAGUGUAAAUUUUUAAAUAAAAAAACAUUCAGAAAACAUUUAUUUUCAUAUCUUAUUUCAACCUAAACAGAGCGAAUAUGUUUUUUUUUGUUGUUGUUUUUUUUACCAGAACAUUAACAAAAUGCUGGUGUCCCCAAUUAUUAACUGAAAACCUGAAUGAAAAGCAGGCUUGCAGGUGCCUCAUGUUGUUGUGGGGUAGCUCCCUGGUGCCCGCGGGCACCACCCUGGUGACGCUUGGGCUAUAUUAUAUGACAGGUGAACUCUGGAUGCAAGAGCAGCUUGAUGGCAGUCCAGCAGGACCCCAGGCAGUUGGAAAACCCAAUUUCCUCCACCACCGACGAUGGCCGGCCAUCCAGUCCGACGAAUCCAACCACUUUUCAGGCUAUCACAGGCGCCGCUAAUUAGCCGCCACUGCCCGACCGACCCUGCCAAGUGCCUGCCCCCCAAAUGCACACCAAACUAAAGCUUUUUAAGCUGUGUUUUUCAGAGUGCAAAACUUAUGUCACUCUCACAACGACAGGAAGUCCCACAGGGCAGACAUGCUUGUUUUGGCUUUGUGGAGGGAAAGUGGGUGGGAAACGGUCACUAUAGGCUGGCUGCUGCAAUGGGGACGGAGCUGAUUGCCGAAGGGGAUUAAAAGGGAUUUAAAAGUAAGUAUCGGGAUAUGCCGAUACCAUGCUUUUUCACGGAAAUCAGACGAUACUGAUCGGUGGCCGAUCGAUCGGAGCACCCCUAGUGAUUACUGAAUUUAUUAUCACUAGACAGUUUUUUUGUCUGAACGAGAAAUCACUUGUCACGUUGUAAUUUUGACACCCUUCCUGUACACUGUUUUAUAUUGGUGUAUAUUGGUUUGUAUUAAGUGUAGUAAUCGGUAUGAUAUUCUUCUAGUUCAACCCCCCCACCUUAUAGUCAGUGUAAACUUAACAUUCAUCUAUGAAGGCCGUUGGACGUUUUGUAUGGUGUUUUUGAGUCUAAAUUAUCAUGAAUUUUUUUCUGGCUUGAGUCAAGCUCAAAGACGAAAGGAAGGGUUGGAAUACACAUGACACCUCCAUUCUUCAAUUUCAUACACAGAUUAGACCUAUGGCAUACAGAAACAUUCCUGUAGAUGUUAUUGUAAUGUCUUUUGGUCAUUGGCGCUGGAAACAAGGGUCCCCUUGGACGCAUACACGGACCUCAUCACUGUCACUAUGUUAAAGAAAGUCCAUUGCACUCUGCCUUUAUUUCCCUGUGGGUGUUGAACACAGCUUGGCUGCUAUUAGAGGUGAGAGUGCGGCUUCACUCUUGUCAUCAUGUAUUUCAGAUGCACCUCUCUCCAUGCUGCUUUAAAACCACCUUCCAUAGCUGGGAAUUUUCCUUUCUUUCUCAAUCUCUGUCAGGUGGUUGUCAGGAUUAAGAACUCUAUCCAAGUAUCCCUCAUCGUAAUCUGCCGCUCUGCAAGAAGCAGGUGAAGCCUCUUUAGGGAUAAACCAGUGUGUGGAUAUAUAGGUGUUGUAGAUGCAAAAUCAAAUGAGAGGGGUAAUGGUUUAUAGAUUUCUUAGCAAAGGUUUUGGCAGCCUUACACCCUACAUCAUCUGAAUUAUGUGCAGACUGUAGUCUUUUUUUUUCUCACACUUAGUUAAGGCCAAGGCCACAGUGGAGACAAAGAUAUUUGUAUUUAUCCUGAUGCAUUAGCCUGGCCUCUUUUAUCUCCAAAGUCCAGGUAGGUUUUGCAUGUCACUUUUUUUUCUUUUUUUUUUUUUUUUUUGCAAGUAGUAUAGUGGUGCCUAUGGUCAUGAGCUUUGGGUAGUGACCGAAAGGCAUAGAUUGCACGUACAAGUAGCCGAAAUGUAUUUCCUCCAUAUGACUCUCCUUUAGAGAUAGGGUGAGAAGUACUGUCAUCCGGGAGAAACUCGGAGUAGAGCUGCUGCUCCUCCGCAGAUGAGGUGGCUUGGGCAUCAGGUCUGGAUGCCUCCCUGGGGAGGUGUCCAGGGCAUGUCAGACCAGUAGGAGACCUCAGGGAAGACCCAAGGCACUCCUGGCAACGCCUUAAGAUCCGCCGCUUUUCUGCUUAGGCUGCUGCCCCCCUAUAAGCAGAAGAAGAUGAAUGGCUGGAUGGAGUGGUACCUCGAUUUUCAUUAUUUAUUUGUUCCAGAAGGUCAGAUGAAAACUGACACGUACAAAAACCAAAGCAAAUUUUCCCACCGGGGGAAAAAAAAAAUCUAAAUUAAACCCAGUUUAUUCUAUUUUAUACAGAAUUCUUAUAGUUUUACAGGCAGAAAAGGAUACAAAUUGUUGUUGAUGCAGCAAAUGGAGUAAUUUGUGUAACUUUCUCGUUUGAGUUUGCCAAAUGAAUGUGCCUUACAAGCUACCGUAGUAUUUUGUAACUUAAGUAGGGUUGGACAUCGAUUAAAUUUGAGCGGUUCUGAUUCCUCAUUUCAAUUCCGGUAGCUAAUGAUUCUUGAUUCCAUUUCUUUUCAAAGAUAGGGUCAUAAAACUUUGCAUGGUUUAAAUGAGGACACAAACCAAAGUUUUUGGUUGAAAUGUCUGAAUGUCGCCAUGAUUUUUUGUUUAUUAUAUAAACUUUUUAUGAAUUACUUUACUACGUUUGCUGCUUCAAUAUUUGCAUAAGAUUGACGUAAUUUAUUGUUUUACUUGCCUGACUGGUUGGAAGAAGUCUGGUUUAGUAUGUCAAAAACAGGGCACUUUGUACACCGUUAAUCCGGAGGUGUUUAAUCCUGUGAGUGGUGCACCCUUUGCAUGAUAUGGCGGGUUUUUUUAGUUUUUUUUUUGCAGCACACAAACGCUUACUGCCGCUUGACAUGGAUUUUGUCAAAUUUCCAAUCAAAUUUUGCCUUGAUUGAGUGUGACUACUAAUUAACCCACUAUAGAGCCGCAGAAAAUUUUGAGUGCCACUUAUUUUAUUAAGGCUAUGAGAAACACUAUUGAAUUCAAUCUCGCUAGGAUGUGCAAAUAGACUUUAACAGCAUAAAGUGACAUCUUCUUGGAUCACCUUUGUUUGAUCACCACAAUUGUACAUUUUCCUCCUUGGGAAAUGAGAUGGAAUUGGUUGUAGAUUUUUUGCACCAACAAAUCGUAUAAAUCUGUCAAGUAGUUUUGAGUUGUUUUUUCUACUUAUAGUAAUACUGCUACGUGUGCAGGUUGUUGGCUUUUUGAUUGUUAUCAGUUCCAAAGGCCACCUCCAGCUCACCUCUAAAUGAUUACACCUCAAGAAUAAGAGCAGGGAGCUCUGCGAGUGCAAGAAUCUACCUCAAAAAUACGUACCGGUAACUUAGAAGUUUGACUUUGCCUCCGCAAUGUCAAAGGCUCCUUAAAAAAAAGAGAGAAAAAAAAACACAGAAGAGGCUCUUUUUUAAUGGUGCGCUCACGUCCCACAAUCUUGGUAAUGUUGAAAACUCUUCUAAAAGUUCAUGUCCUAAUAAUAAUAAUAAUAACAAUAUUAAUAAGGCAUGUAAGUGACUUAGGGGAAAAUGGCAGUAAUGAUGAUGACAGUUGGUGAGCCUGUUUUUAACAUCAGUUUGAAAUAAAAUCACUGUGGCUGAGAACUUCAAAUAUAAUUUCAAUAAUGUAUUUUUUUUAAUGAGUGUAGACUUUAAUGAAGGACAAACAUCACUAUUGUGUUUCUAGACCAGGGGUUCUCAAAUGGUCGUGUAGCCACGAAAUUCGAACUGCGAAGUGAGAAAUCUUUAAACGGAUAUUUUUUUUUUGGGGGGGGGUUGCAUGCUAAUGGCACCCUGCUCAGCUAAUCUGUGUUAAAUUAGUUGACUAUUAUAAUAUUAUAAUGAGAUUAAUUUGGAGUCUCUCGCACAUCACUGUUAUUGACAAAAAUGUAAACAGCCAGUAAUUCUCCCCUGCGUUCCCUGCCACACUGUUAACUACUAUGAAGUAAUUACCCCUUCAUCUAAUUCUAAUUCUAUUUUAUUUUGAGAGGUGACUUACAAAAAAUGCUAAAGCUUAUUCUCAUAUUCUGUAUAUACAGUACAAGUAUAUGAUGUGUCCCCAUAAGCUGCAGUGAGACUUUAUUGCUUGUUUCAUGGUGCUAGACAGCAGCUCCCAAUGGACAUGUGAUGACGUUGGCUGAGCUUCACUCGCCCUGCUUCUGUUUAGGGGGGAAGAGAGGGUGUUUAUGUGGCGCUGCCUGUUUCCCAGCUUCCACUCAGACAACAGACACACACAGGGAGGGGGCACUGCAUCCUUGACCAUUCCUCUCUCAUUUCACAACAAUUUGACUUCUCCCUCCUUUCACUUCUUGUCUUUGCCUGCCCUCUAAAGGCCAAAGGACUGUGCACUUUGUACACUGUGUGUGGAGACUGUCACACACAUACUCUGGCACGCACACACACACACACACAGAGGAUGGUGUAAUUACCCCAUGCUCUGGUGUAAUCCCCCAGGUGUCGUAUUUAUCUCCACUGCCGUGUAUGUGACACCCAGCACCAACCUAAAUGCACUUCACCUGCCAUCCCAGCAGCAGCUCCCAAGAUCAUAACUGUGUACUGGAGAAAAUAAAUAGUAUUGUGUUGCUGUUAGUAUGACUUUUGCCAGCAUGUAAGUCAUUUUGGCACUAGUUAGGGCGAGUAAUGAUGUCCCUAUGCAGUAACACAGCAUACCAAUUAAUGAUUAGUGUACAGUAAAUGAUGGAUUGUAUGUAAUAUCUGGUGUUUACCAAUUAAACACGAUAAAUUAGGAUUUGGUUGGCAUACAUAAAUCUCUAGACCUCCAAUAUGAGAAACCUGUCUUUUUCAAACUUUUUUCUAGGGGAAAAAAAGUACUUAUAUUUAGGCCAGCAUGAGAUGUCCACCAGUGUGUUUGUACAGGACAAAAUGUACUGUAUGACCAAAAGUAUCGGAAAUACGGAUGAUGAUAAAUAAUUUCUACAGCACUUUUCUCUGUACUCAAAGACGCUGAUGGCUAUUUAAGAACAUGUAUGCAUUUUUAUUUUAAAUAAGCAUGGGAUAUUAAAUGUUAUUCAACAGAAGAAGCCCAUCUGCUCUGUUUGAAAUCGCCUUGAGAUAUUGACAUACAGUGUUACCUCUGUUUUUGUUAUUAAUUUCCAAAGCUCCAAUAAAAAGUGUACAAAAACCAAGGCAGUUUUUUCUACCGGAAAUCAUGUAAAUCAAAUUAAUACAAUCCAGACACCCAAAAAUAUGAACAAAAAUACAUUUUAUAGAUAAUAAUUAUAGUUUUACAUGCAGAAAACAUCCAUCCAUCCGUUUUCUAUGCCGCUUAUCCUCAUUAGGGUCGCGGAGGUAUGCUGGAGCCUUUCCCAGCUGACUUUGGGCUCGAGGCGGGGUACACUCUAGACUGGUCUCCAGCCAAUGGCAGGGCACAUAUAGGCAAACAACCAUUCACACUCACAUUCAUACUUAGGGACAAUUUAGAGUCACCAAUUAACCUAACGUACAUGUUUUUGGAGUGUGGGAGGAAACCGGAGUACCCGGAGAAAACCCACGCACACAUGGGGAGAACAUGCAAACUCCACACAGAGAUGCCCAACGGAUAUUCGAACCGAGGUCUUCAUGCAGAAAACAAUGCAAAACAAUUGUAAAUAAUGAAGAAUGGAUGGAACUUAUUGUUGAUGCAGACUUCCCGUACAUCUUGUUGAAAUCAAGUUCAAUAAUGUUUCUUACUUUCUUUGUCAAAGUAACCUUCUUUGGCCCCAUGGGGGGUUAUUUAGCAGUCUUAGGAACGGACAAUGAGUCAGCAGCGCAUAGGUUGCUUUGUUUGGGCACUGCAUUUUGCGGAACAAUACAGUACAAGACAAACAGGCUAGUUUGUUACAUGCAUCACUGUAUGAAAACAGGCAACAAAUUGUUGACGAAAACUAAAUCAUACGAAAACUGUGGCAUACAAAAAUCGAAGUUUCACUGUACAAAAUUCUCCAGCCCUAGGAACAUUACAAUACAGUAUUAACAGAAAAUGUUGAUAAUGUGUAGUUAAAAAUAGUCCUGAGUGAAACGUCACUUCUUUCAUGUUUAGUUUAUGUUUCGACAGCAACCUAUCUACACGGCAAACUAGUCAGACUGGCCUGAAUUAAUUGCACCAUCUGCUGGCCAUUGCCAAGUUGUGCUAGUUUUUAGCUGUAAUUUCUGAAGCCAAACCUCUAAAUUGUACUGGUUAAACUACAUGUGUCUGAAUGGAAAAAGAAUUGCAGUGAGUGAGGCAGGCAAAUGACUGUAAAUAUGACAACGAGCACACACAUUUAGCUUUCAGGCAGACACAUCUGCUAUCAAACACACACAAGUCACUCUUACACACUUUCAGGCAGGCUGAGCCCAGAUCCGUGCUGCAGGGGGGCCUCGCCUUACCCACACCAGUGUCGUCUCUCCUGUUGGAGGCUGCCUGUCAGCUACUUUUGACACUAUGACAGCAAGUGUGCAAUGGAAGACGCUAACUCUGUUAGGGUGUUUGUCCCCACUGGUGCUUACUGAUGAUGUGAGGUUACAUGGCCUCCACGGGGAGACGUGACAAUCGUCUAGAAAAGACAAUAUAUGGCUGAUUAAACUCUUGUUUUAUUGUGCUUGCUGAUAAACCCUAGUAACAAACAGUUUUGCUCCCCCUACAGGCAGCCAUUAUCUUAAAAUACUACUGCUAUUGCUAUUAUGAACCACUACGCUAGGUUGGCACCCCUCUCCUUAUCAUAAGUCAGUCAGCCUGUUAAUAAAUUAAGUCAGACUAGAACAUAUAUUUGCUAGAGUAUACAUGCUCUAUGUUUUCUUAUAUUGGGGUUAAUACAGUACAUAUAGCCUACUGUAGUAUAGGGAUGUCGAUAGAUGGAUAGA